AUGGGACAAGUGUCUAAUUUGUUGAUGGAGAUUCGGAAUGAGUGGGCGGUGCAAGCGUUGGUCCUCUUCAGCUUCACUCUCCAAGUCAUCCUCCUCUCGCUCGCAUGGAUCCGACGGCACAGCGUCUCCGUUGCUGCGAGGCUGGUCCUGUGGAUGGCGUACCAGCUGGCCGACGCCACCGCGCUCUUCACCCUCGGCCACAUGGCCAUCAGCAGCCGGACGCCGGAGGAGCAGCCCCUCGUGGCGUUCUGGGCGCCGUUUCUCCUGCUGCACCUCGGCGGCCAGGACAACAUCACGGCCUACUCGUUCGAAGACAACCGGCUCUGGCUGCGCCACCUGCAAACUCUCGUCAUGCAGGUAUUGGGAGCUUCCUAUGUCCUCUACAAGUAUAUGCCUGAGAAGGACGACCCGGUCAUGGCGGCCGCGGUGCUCAUCUUCGCGGUGGGCAUCCUCAAGUACGGCGAGAGGAUAUGGGCGCUUCAGUGUGCGAGAUUCGACAGCAUUGCCAAGUCCUUGGACGAGCAGGACGCUAGCAUUCGGGAAAUCCAAGGUAACAAGAUUGUGGAAGACGUGCUGCGUCAGGCGCCGGCCGGCUCCGGCGUCGGCGUGGAGGCCGUUCUGAUGGCGUCCCAUGGCCUACUGGACGUCUGCCAGGGGCUGUUCAUCGGGCUGCGGGGUGCGUGGCGCCACAACGCGACGAGUGUGCUCGGCUACUUCAAAUAUCACAAGUGCCUCGACAGGUUGAUGGAGAUGGAGCUGUCCCUGAUGUACGACACCCUCUACACCAAGGCGGCCGUGAUCCACACCUGGUACGGAUGCUGCAUCCGCGUCGUCGCGCUGGUCGCCACGGUGGCCGCCUUGUUCCUGUUCCAUCGGAGCGACAUGGAUGGCCACAGCCGGAAGAACAUCGCCGUCAGCCAAAUCCUGCUGGCUGGAGGGCUGCUCCUCGAGGUGAUAUCCAUGGUGAGGGCAGUUGGAUCCACCUGGACGCUGCUCUUCCUGCACAGGACGGGGCGGCGUUGGCUCCACGGCGAGCUUCUCUCCGUGCGAGGUGUUUUCAGGGUGGCGACGCACCGGAGGUGGUCCAGCUCCGUUGGGCAGUACAACCUGCUCAUGGCCUGCGCCCACGGCUCAGCUUCCGCCGCCGUGCUUGCACUGACCGGUGACCGUGAGCCGCCCAACAAGGCGACGGCCUGGUUGCUUGCGCUGGCGAAAGCCAUGGAUCACUACUGGGCCAGGCUCUUCUACACCAAGUACUCUGUGCUCACGGACUCCACGAAGCAGCAGAUACUGGAGAAGCUACUCGGGAUGCGAGAGAAAGGCGAGGUCAUCGGCUCGCUGCGUGGCCUCCGCACGCUGAGGAAGCUCAAGCUCGAGGGACGCAUCGGCUGGACCAUCGGAGACAUCGGCUUCGAGGACAGCAUCAUGGCUUGGCAUCUUGCCACCGCCAUAUGCCUCGAGGGAUCGGGCUACUGCAGCAGCAACAGCGACCAGUCGAGGAGUGAACUGGUGAAUGCGAUCUCGGCGCUGUCCAACUACAUGAUGUUCCUCCUCGCGUUCGGCCGCUACAUGCUGCCCGGCCCCGUUCGCCGCCGGAGCUACGAGCAGGUGCGGGAUAAGCUGCAGGAGUUCAUGGCAGGCGGCGUAUCAUCGUCGUCGCCACGGGAGCGGCUGGACUGGGCUCUUCGCGAGGGGCUCCAUGCUCGCCUCCACUCCAGCGGCCCCCCCGAGCAGUUCGACGUCGGAGUGAGACUCGCCGGCGUGCUCUACCACCGGUUCGACAAGCUCGAUGUCAUCUUCGGGGUGUGGGUGGAGAUGCUGUGCUACGUUGCCAACAACUGCAGCAGAGAGUCUCACGCCAGGCAGCUCAGCAGCGGCGGCGAGCUCGUCACCGUCGUCUGGCUUAUGGCAAGACACGUCGAACUCAGCACUUGAUUUCUUGAGCACCUCCUACGUAGAAUCGUUUUGUGUUAUCU